AUGCCUUGGAGUCCUAUCAGGUUGAAUGAUGGAACCGAGAUACCAAGUAUCGCAUUUGGAACUUGGAAACUCGGAAACGGGCAAACAACGAUGGAGAGGGUGAACCAGGCCCUCGAGGUCGGCUUCACACACAUUGACUCUGCCCAAGUUUAUCGGAAUGAAAGUGAAGCAGGCGAUGCCCUGCGUGCCAGUGGACUCAAACGAGAGGAUGUAUACAUCACUACCAAGUACUCCGGACGCGCAGACAUCGAGUCUUCGAUUCGCAACAGUUGCAACUACCUUGGAGUUGACUACGUGGACUUGUACCUGAUUCACGGGCCUGACCUCGCUGUGCCGGACAUCCCUACCAUGUGGGGUAAGAUGGAGAAGAUCAAGGACGACGGGCUGGCGAAGAGCAUCGGAGUGAGCAACUUCAACGUGCAGGAAUUGCGAACGCUAGUGGCAUCGGCAAGAAUCAAACCUGUCGCGAACCAGAUACUAUUCCAUCCAUACGUCCUCUCUCGUCAGGCGCCCGUUGUCGCGUACGGUGCGAGACACGGCAUAGUGUCGGAGGCCUAUAGCGUCCUGAUCCCGAUCACACGUCAUCCCGGAGGGCCACUCGACGCACUUCUACAAACUAUUUGUCAACGUCUGGGCGCAGAGCCAGAGCAAGUGCUUCUUGCGUGGGCGAAAGCUAAGGGUGUCGUAGUUGUCACCUCUAGUACGAAGAAAGCACGGCUGGAAGGCUAUCUAAACGCUGGUGACCUUGAACUCACCACGUCCGACAUCGAGGCGAUCGACGCUGCGGGCCUCGCUGGUGCCAAUGGUCGGAGAUAG